GUGCUUCGCGACUGUUUCUGGUUCUGCUUAUGGUUGGGGGUUUGCUUGUGGGUCUACUCUCAGUCUUCAGUGGGGCGCGAACACGAGAGAUAUGCGCAAAAGCAGCAAAACGAGUCGUUGUAAAUAGCGAACCGAUUUCAAGGUCUUCUGGAUGGAUUCGUUAUAUCAGAAGAAACAGAGACUUUGAUUGUUUGGCGCCAUGUGUUGUUGGUGUGCACGAGUCUACUGGACGGUUCUGCACAAUCUUUUUGCGCGCUUACUGGGCGGAAUAGCCAAGCACAGCUGCUGCCGCUACUGCGCUGUAUACCAACGUCAGGCGAGCGACAGUGACGUGAAUAUGGAUGUUGACAAAUCGGAUACUGAUGACGAUCCCCAGCAGCAGCAUCAGAGCGAUUAUGUCACUUCGGACGAUGCAGACGUAAACUAUGCUGAGAUCGAAGAGCACAACAUCGAAACGGAGGCCUACUACUUCACAGUGAACCGUCCCACUGCUGAGCGCAUGCUGUCUGGAAGGGAGGAUGGUGCCUGUCUGGUACGCCCCUUCAAGGCCACCGACGUCUGCAUUAAAUACAUCGUGAGUAUCUGCGUCGGUGAUCAGUUUUACCACCUCUUCGUGCGUCAAAUCGACAGGCGGCAACGAUUCGCCAUAGGACAAAAGAAACUCCACGAGCGGAUAUUUGGCUCCCCACGCGAGAUUGUUCAGUUUUACGCCGAGCACCCACUCCUUUGUACCAGAAAGAGCCGGAGCCAAUGCGUCCGUCUGAUGCCCAUCAGCUAUGCUUAGAUAGGGAUAAUCUUUAUUGGGUAAGCGUUCAAGUAUAUACAAAGUGUGUAAGAGUAUCUUAAGACAAGAGUAUCUGUUCCGUCUCGGGUCUCAGGUGGUCACAACUGCCUUGAAGACGCACUGGUUGUUUUGCAUCAGGGCCGGCCAGAGGAAGGCCUUGAUAAGGUCCGAUCGGCGGUCGGAUUGCGAAUGAGGUUCGUGCUUCUCGGGGCGUAGGAAUCCUUAGUAUGUUAAGCAAUCAUACGUUUAUAGUUUGGUUUAAUAUUAAAAAAUAUUUUCUUACCCAGA